UUCCUCAAACCUUCACAAUGCACUCAGAAUAGGAACUGAACACUGAAUCCAUUCCUCUGACAUCUUCCUUAGAAUCAUCAUGAAGGUUUUUGUCUUUCUUAUGGUCCUGGUGGUUGCAAGUGGCAAGAAAUAUGAGAGAUGCGAGCUUGCAAGGGCUUUAAAAGCCUUUGGAAUGAAUGGCUAUGCGGGAGCCAGUCUGGCUGAUUGGGUUUGCCUAACCAGAUGGGAGUCUAGCUACAACACUGCAGCCACUAACCACAACAAGGAUGGUUCAACAGACUAUGGGAUUUUCCAGAUCAACAGUCGUUACUGGUGCAAUGAUGACCGCACCCCAGGCCGUACCAGCAAUGGCUGUAAAAUCAACUGCUCACAGCUUCUGAGCAAUGACAUUUCUUUGUCCGUUAAUUGUGCCAAGAUCAUAGCAAAGAUGCAAGGCAUUACUGCAUGGUACGGUUGGCUAAAUCACUGUAAGAACCAUGAUGUGAGCCCAUACACUGCAGGAUGUGGAGUUUAAGAGAAGAACUUUCCACAUGUACAUGAACAAAAUAAUGUUCCAGUAAUGUGUUCAAAUAAACAUGCAUGUAAUUCCUCAUAAGAUUUUAUUUCUGUAAGCAGGUUACAUAAGUAAUUUUGAUGUACUUCAAGCACUUCAAUAAACUUGCAAUUAAUACAAGACAUCAUUACAAUGAUCCAGAAAUUGAAAAAGAAAAACUAACAACUGUAUUUGUGAAAGUUUAUAAAUAAAAAAUACAGUUUUAGUUAAGAAUUUAAAGGUAUAGUGUAUAAUUUCUGUGCCACUAUGGAGCUAAAUAAAAGACAAAAAUUUUUAAUUUUGUGAAUUUUAGACAUGUGGCAUUUAAUAAAAUUGAACUUUCCAUGGCG